UCCCGUUUAUUGUUCCGCCCCCGCGCGGCCUGAUCCGUGGUAGCGCCAUGAGGAGCCUGCUUGGUCGUUGGUGUUGGAGCGCUGCACCUAGGCGUCUGCGGUGCUCCGUGAGCGGAGAUCCGGCUCGGAGCUCGCAGCAAGAGCGGCCUGGCUCCUGCGGUCGCGGCGGAGCUGAGGACGGCCACCCGGUCGGCCUGCGAGUCUACAACAGCCGAACGGGCAGCAAGCAGCCUUUGGUGCUGUCGGCCCCUGCGACCGCCUCCUGGUACAGCUGUGGGCCAACAGUAUAUGACCAUGCUCACCUUGGACAUGCAAGCUCAUAUGUUAGAUUUGACAUCAUAAGAAGAAUAUUGACCAACAUCUUUGGCGUUGAUGUCACCAUGGUGAUGGUUAUCACAGAUAUUGAUGACAAAAUAAUACAGAGAUCUAAGGAGUUGAAUAUUCCCCCGAAAGUACUUACAUCCAUUUAUGAACAAGAUUUCAAACAAGAUAUGGCAAGCUUAAAGGUUCUUCCACCCACAGUAUAUAUGCGAGUAACAGAUAACAUUCCCCAGAUUGUGAAAUUCAUAGAGAGAAUCAUCUGCAAUGGCCAUGCCUAUUCUACCUCCAAAGGAAAUGUGUAUUUUGACAUCCAAUCUAUUGGUGAUCGUUAUGGAAAGUUUGCCAAAGUGUGCGAUCAAGUCACUGGAGAAUUAGAUGAAAGUGAUAAAAGGCACAGCAGGGACUUUGCUUUGUGGAAGACAUCAAAACCAGAGGAGCCAUUUUGGCCAUCCCCAUGGGGAAAUGGUAGACCUGGCUGGCACAUUGAGUGUUCGACAGUUGCAAGCUCUGUUUUUGGAAAUCAACUGGACAUCCAUUCUGGUGGAAUAGACCUGGCCUUUCCCCAUCAUGAGAACGAGGUUGCUCAGUGUGAGGCUUACCACCAGUGUGAGCAAUGGGGAGACUACUUCUUACACUCUGGACAUUUGCAUUUGAAAGGAAGUGAAGAAAAAAUGUCAAAAUCUUUGAAAAACUACAUCACAAUAAAGGAGUUCUUGGAAAAAUUCACUGCAGAUCAGUUCCGAAUGUUUUGCCUUCUGUCAAAAUACAGAUCAGCGGUGGAAUUCAGUGAUGCCAGCAUGAUGCAAGCUGGAAACCUUCUCCACUCCAUUGCAGCUUUUAUUCACGACGCCUCUGCUUACAUGAGAGGGCAACUGAUCUGCUCGUCAGUUGAUGAAACCUUGUUAUGGGAAAGGUUAAAUGCAACUAAAGCCGAUGUGAAGGCUGCCUUCGCUGAUGAUUUUGACACCCCAGGGGCUACUGAUUCAAUUAUAAAUCUUAUUCACCAUGGCAACAGACAGCUUCAAACUGUUUCCAAGCAGGAAAGAGAUUACCCUCGGAGUCCUGCUGUGUUCGGUGCAAUUAUUACUUAUAUCAAACAAUUCCUGGAUGAUGUUGGUAUUUCUCUUGAUGAUGAUCAGCUACUGACAGCAGACAGAUCUUCAGCCACCCUUCGCACUGUUGCCGAGCAGUUGGUAGCUUUUCGCCAGGAGGUCAGGAACUACGCUCUAGCAGUGGAUGAGCAAGAGGCAAGCUGCGGAGGCAGAGAACUGAGCAGGGAAGAGGGAGAGCGACAGAGGGAGCGUAGGAGGCAGCUGAAGAUUGAGCGACAGCCUCUCCUGAGAGCCUGUGACUCACUGCGGAAGGAUCUCAGUGCCAUUGGAAUCAACAUAAAGGAUAGAGGGAUGACUUCAUCUUGGGAGAUGACCCCGCAACUCGCCAACAGAAACACAGGUGAAACCUGACCACUGACAUCUGACCGUAGCGAGACAAUGUCGCAUAGUGGUCUCUGGAUGUUUUUUUUAUCCUGCUGUGAACGGAUCAGCUGAACUCACCAUUAGCCACACAAUGACGGGCUGAGCCAGAGGACUGAUUCAAGAUGAUUGCUAUCCCAGAACUAUAAGCAUAAGUUUUCCUAGUCUGAAGCUGGUCUGCAGAGGCUCUGCAAGUUGAAACACUUUGCCAAGCACACUGCUGUCAGGGAAGGAAUAUUUCCAACCAGGGAACGAACCAUCAUUGUCAUUCAGCGAGACUGUAGAAAGCUCUGUGAUCAUUGUGGUGCUGUGCAUCAAUGUAUUCAUCACUAAUAAAAAGAAAGUAAUCUUUGAAUAUGACAA